UCCAACACAGUGUUCUGCCUGUCAGGUACGGUGGUGAUCGGUCGGCGUGCGAAACGAUUUUAAUAAUAAUAUCAUAAUCCGCUCGGCGAGUGCAAUCCGACACCCGCGCGCGCGCGCGCGUGUCGGCCAGCCACAGCAGCCACAGCCGCCGCCGCCGCCGUGCCGACUACGCGACCGUCGACGCACGUCGUUACGUCGCGCGCUCCGAUCACGCAGUAACCGCCAGUAACGCCAGUAACAAACGACGCGACGAUUCGGACGGACGGUCGGAUCAAUAACACCGGGCGGUUAGCGUACCGCCGCACACCACAAUAACCGCGGUCGUCGUUGUCGACCGUUGUUUUUCGUCGCGUAGCGUAUCGCCGUCCGCUGACCUGCUCCGCCCUCUCCUAGCAACUCCCCUACCAUACAUAAUAAUAAUAAUAAUAAUAGUGAGAAAAUUAUCGAUAAUAUAUUCGUUCCGCCGGCCCGCCGCCGUAUCUUUUCCGCGUCUUAUCAUGACUGCUGUUACGUCGGCGACGACGUUACGCAGCCGUCUCGAUACCGUCACUGUUGUCAUUAUUACCAGCGACGUCGGUCAUACGUCGGUCGUGACUGCCCAACGGCCGUCUCACUGAGCGUGUCUCCGCGACUACCGGACCCUCAGACCAACAGCUGCCCGCGGUUGGGCUUAAUGACCAAAUAUCAUUGGUAAAACAGCAAAUAACAAAUCAUAGUGUAACUUGAGUAUAUAUAAGUAAAGAUGUCUUCAGAAGAUCUGUUACAACCAGGACAUAUAGUAAAAGAAAGGUGGAAAGUUGCCAGAAAAAUUGGCGGUGGUGGAUUUGGAGAAAUAUAUGAAGGUCAAGAUCUUAUCACAAAAGAACUUAUAGCUUUGAAAGUAGAAUCGGCUCGUCAACCUAAACAAGUCUUAAAAAUGGAAGUAGCUGUGUUAAAAAAGUUACAAGGUAAAGAGCACGUAUGUCGUUUUAUUGGCUGUGGAAGAAAUGAACGAUUUAAUUAUGUGGUAAUGCAGUUACAAGGAAAAAAUUUAGCAGAGCUGAGAAGAGCACAGCCAAGAGGUGCUUUUUCAUUAUCUACUACUUUAAGAUUAGGUGUACAGAUUUUAAAAGCCAUAGAAAGUAUUCAUGAAGUUGGAUUUUUACACAGAGAUAUAAAACCUUCAAAUUUUGCUAUUGGAAGACUUUAUCAAAAUUCCCGUUGUGUUUACAUGUUGGAUUAUGGUCUUGCUAGACAAUUCACAACAGCUAAUGGGGAAGUACGAACUCCUAGAACUGCAGCUGGUUUUCGUGGUACCGUAAGAUAUGCUUCAUUGAAUGCCCAUAAAAAUAAAGAAAUGGGAAGACAUGAUGAUCUUUGGUCGUUAUUUUAUAUGUUGGCGGAAUUUGUAAAUGGUCAGUUACCUUGGCGGAAGAUUAAAGAUAAAGAGCAAGUUGGUGUUAUGAAAGAAAAUUAUGAUCAUCGCUCACUUCUUAAACAUCUUCCAUCAGAUCUGCGUCAGUUUCUUGAGCAUAUUCAGUCUCUUGAAUAUGCAGACAAACCAGAUUAUAAUAUGUUAACGGGUCUUUUUGAACGAUGUAUGAAAAGGCGUGGUGUUAAAGAAUGUGAUCAAUUCGAUUGGGAGAAAACUACUGAAACUGUUCAACCAGCAGUUACAGUUAGUGUUAUUACAAAUAAUACCACACCAGUUAUCUCCAGGCCAAUCACUUGUACCUCCUAUGGUGCAGACAUUAACAAUCAACUAGUCACAUCUACUGUAGAUAACGGACAAGAGGAAGAACCAGACAAUAAAAAAAUUACUCCAGAGGAGCAAAUACAAUGUGAUAAUAAUAUAAUUUACCGGCGUGCCCAAAAACUUGAAUCUGAUGCAAAUAAUUCAGGUUCUAAUAAAAUUAUUUCUACUGAUAAAAAUUGUAAUGCUACAUCUAGCACACCAUUAGAUCAUUUACCAAUUCCAAAAAGCUCUCCUAAGAAAGUAGUUCAGCGAAGAGCUGUUUCUAUGCCUGGUUUGGAAAGAGAAACAGAAAUAUUGGAAGCUUCUAAGCGUAAUUCUUCUCAAACUAAUUGUACGGUUGAUUCUGGUUUCCCACCAACACCAUUAAAUAUUGAAGGUGUUCCUAAUUCAGAUCUGGGUAAUUUGAACACUUCAGUUAUUGCAACCCAAGAAGCUAAUAAAGUUACAACUGCUAGUUCUCCUCUAGUUGAAGCAGAUAGUAUUGUAAAUCAAAUAAAAAAAGAACAGCGUAGCUUACAUUUUGCUAGGCGACAAGCCACUCCUAAUAGGCAAAUCUUAAAAUCUUCUGCCACUACUGCCAGAGAUGUCACGUAUACUCAAUUUGCAGUAAUUGAUGAUGAUAACGUAUCUGCAAUGCAACAAAUGACACGUGGUGGAGGAGGGUUAACUCUUAUGUCACAAUGGAAAUCGCAAUUUGACGACUCUGAAGAAACUGAUAACGAGUGGAAAGCAGAAAAUCUUCAAAGUCCUGAACAUAGAUUAAGUUUACAUGGUGUCUCUUUGAGUGGAAAAGAUAAUAUUUGUUCUCAAUACCCUAACAAUUGUAAGACACCAGAUAAAAUAUCUGGUAAUGCACAAUGUUUUUCAAAAUGUACUGAUAAUCUAAUAAAUAAUUCAGUCUUAUCACGAGCUUGGAGUGAAAUACAAAUUGCUGCAAAAAUAAGAACAAACCUUGAACCACCCUGGUUACAAGAAGCUGUCUUUGAUGAUAUUGUGUAUGAACUUGAUACAAGUAGAAAUAUAGCUGUAAGGAACUCUGAAAAAAGUAUUACAAAGAAAUUACAAAGAUCUAUUAGUCUAGCUAAUAUUAGUUUGAGCAUUAUUCCUAAAAAAGAAUUUCAAACUCAAUUCAUACAACAAACAAAAAUGAAAUUAAAAGUUCCUUCUCUUCAAGUUACCACUAACACAACCAGAUCUUCCAAUGAUGGUGAUGAAUUAUCGGGAAAAUUAUUUGCCGAUGAAUCACUAAAAAAUGGGAAUGAUGUAUCUGAAAAUUGCCCAAUGGAAACAGUAUCUGGAAAAUUGGAAAUAAGAGUCGUUGAUCGGCAUCUGAAUGAUAAUGAUAAUUACUGUGACACAACAAGCUCAAAACCAAUUGUGUUUACCGAGAAAGAUGACGAAGCUCACCGAAAAUGGGCUAGAAACAGAAAUAGUAGCGAUAUUAUGAACAUAAAUGGGAAACAUUUUGAUGAAAACGAAUUAUCUAACAUUAGUAUAAAAUCUUUUUCCUCUUCCGAUCAAAAUAACAAAAUCUCAGAUCAUAGCAGAAGUAAAAAACCACCUCAACCCAUAAUUCUUAGCAAAAACAGUAAAAUUCCACUACCCGUCAACCAAAAAUUAUCAGAAUCAAAUGAAAUAAAUUUGGCAAUGUUCAGUGAUGAAUCAAAAUCAAGUGCGACCAGUAAUAGUGGAAAACAAUUAUCUGAAGCACUUUUAAAGUGUCGUGGCCAAAAUUUAUCUACCGAAGUGCGUAGUAAACCACCGACUUCUGAAGAAAUUGAUGAUCAAUAUACUCCUGGUCUUAGAAGGCGGCGACAACUUCAAGAUAAAUAUGUAACUGACCCUUCUCAAUUAAAUUUACGAUUUCAAAGGCCUCAAAUGCGAAAGUCAAGGGAAUCUUAUUAUAGAUCUAGAUUUUCUGGUAGUCAAGAUGACAAUACUGGAUUAUUUUCAAAUUACAGACCUGUAUCUGGGUCAUCAAGUAGAAGUCUUGAACGAAAUUAUGAGUCUGAUAUUUUAUCAUCUCCUACCUUGAUACCUCCACCAAGUAUGUAUUCGUCGGAUGUCCAAACUCUUGUCGAAAAUAAUGCUAGAUGUCGUCGGUACCAAAUUUUUAAACCAACUGAGCUUGCAAGGGAUUAA